CUGCUAAACUACCUACAGACUGGUCAUUUUCAGGAAAACGACAUCAAGUUCGUGGACGUCGUAGUUUGCAACCUCUAUCCUUUCCGUGAAACAAUUGCUAAUUCGAAUUGCACCUUAGAACAGGCGAUUGAAAAUAUCGACAUCGGAGGAGUCACCUUAUUAAGAGCUGCCGCUAAAAAUUACGCUCGUGUGUGCGUGCUCUGCGAUCCAAGGGAUUACGAAAAAGUCCUUGAGCAGGUGAAGGUUGUUCUACUGUUCUCUUUUUCCAAAAGGUUAUUCUUCAAAUCCAAUCCGAGAUAUCAACUAGGCAGCCGACUGCAGUUCUACUUCUUUAUCAAAAGCUGCGAGUUACUUGUUUUAGAAUUAGUCAUAGAAAAAACGACUGAGAGAAAGGAGAAACGAAGGAUCCACAUGGUGUGGUGA